AUGAAUCAAUUUCAAUUAUUUCCUCCUCCAUCGCCCGAGGUAAAGAGGUCUAACAAUCCAUUUCGCAAAGUCGGGAAAAAAACAGUAGCCACAUCUGAGCCAGCAUCUUCAAUCCCUCUUGAGGAGAUCAAGGAUUCUGGCAAGACUGAAUCCUUGCUGCUUCAGAUCAUCGAAGACACCCAGGGUAUUCCACCACCACCACCCGGGGAUGCUUCAAGAUCUAAAUCCCCGCCGGCUGUGGCGGGAGCAUCUCGUGGUUCAAAAUCCCCUCAGUCCACGCACAGUCAGAAUCGUCAAGCCAAGAGAGUGAAGAACCAGGCCUUGCCUUCACAUGCAAGUCAAAGCAGCAGCAGUAGCAGCCAUCAAACUACGGCGUCAACUGUCUCUCCACAGUCAUCGCAGUCGUCUGCUUCCUCGGUCCCGAUGAGGUCAAUGUUCCCCCAGUUCGAUCCAAAACUGCCAUUCAAUCAGCAGGUAUAUCAUCCACAGCUUCCCGAGGCACCACGGCCCUCCAAGUCCACUCGGAAACCUCCUAAGCUUACGCUGUCGACAAAUACUGAGAUUGAUCAUGUUCUCGGGCCAAAGACUGUGCCUGCGAGUGUGCUCAACUUUCCAACUGGUGCUUUGGAGUCCGAAGAGGUUACGUACUCAUCCAUGGAGGAACUGAAGAUGCUAUGGGAAACGGCCAAUGGCCAGAGAACGCGAGAUCUUGUUGGAACAUUGAACCUUCGCAUGACAAAAGCGGGACCAGCUACAUUUACCCUCGGAAACUCCCAGAACCCGUUAUACACACUGCAAACGUAUUCAACCAACGAACUCGCCCUAAGCAGAUGCGAUCCUUCUAGACCAAACCACGACGUACCAAUUAUGAUGAUGAGCCUCGAAGACCGCAUACGCCGCGAGCAUCCCAACGACGGACUCGUGACCUUACUUUUCUCCCGACUAGCAGCAAUGUUGGCCAUAGAUCAAGCCGACGAGAUCAGCAAGCAACACCACCUAACUUCCGCCGAGACAGCGGAAGUAGAAACCGACGCACUCAAACGGGCCGCAGCACAAGAGUCCUGCCGACUCUCCUGGAACCGUCAUCGACGACUAUACGAGUUACGACACCCCUACCUCUCAAGACACGAUCCGCCCGCUCUUGUCGGCGCCGCCGGAAUCCCACUCUCACCCGUGCGAUCCCAGUCUUCAGGAAUGGUGAACAUCACAGUCUCCGCUCCAUCGAGCGAUGCCUCUCCUCGCCAACCGCCAACCAUUAUCGUAACUGGCCCGGUCUCUUCAACAGCACUGGAAGCCGCUCAGCAAGCUGCUAAUGCACGCACAUCCGUACUCCCCGUCACGGACCUCGACGAGCCGCUCGCAUCAUUGGACUUCGCUACGAAGACAUUUUCGAUUUCUCCGGCUGCUGUAAUCGCUACUAUUCCCUCUCUAUACGCCAUUGACUCUCUCAUCGCUGCAAUGCUGGCAGUCGCCGUCUCGGACGAAGCCACGAACCCUAUCCUUGCAGAUAUGGUUCUCGGAUCGCCGAAGUCGUCUAGACCACCGACAGCCCACAAUCCCGGGCCUUACUCAAUGCCUGUGUUCCAGGGUAAACUGGUUACGACGGUUGCUGAGCGCGAAGACGCAGUAGAGAGCAUGAACUUGGCAUCGCAGAUUAAAUCUGCGCAGAAGAAGUCCAAAGAGGCCUCGGGGAAGAAAAGUGUUUUCAAUUUCUGGAAUAGAUCCCCUUCCAAGACGCAGGAAAAUAGCCUGGGCUCGAAGAAGAAUAAAAACAAGGAGGUUGUGGUUGAGGAGUUUGAUUUGGAGAAGUAUGGUCGAUAUGGGAAUAGUUCGUCACGAGAGGGGAAGAAGUUGCCUGGAAUUACUCGCACUAUCUUGCGUAUACUGUUCUUUGGCUUGGAUUUGAUUGUGAAGGGGUUGACACUCAUUGUGAAGAUCUUGGCUUGGUUGUUGGUCAAUUCGACGCGGUGUGUGACCAGUGAGAAGUUCUAA